UUCCCCUCCCAGACCUUGUAUUUCUUCAUAACACCUCCUGGAAGGCCGAGAUAACUCAGUUUUAUCCUGUCGCCUUCGCAGCACAAAGUCUACGGUCGCGAUUCCCGCCUUUCCUGUUAUUCAACGCCGCUACCCAACGUCAUAGCUACUCGUCGCUUGACCAUCCUUCGACUACCAAUCGCGCCCCUCUGAUAACAUUACCGUCGCCAUGGCGGGCUGGUUCUCCUCAUCUUCUCCCAUUGAUGAUCAGGUGGAGAAAGCCACCUCAUCUUCUUUGGAGGAUAUUGCCCUCAACUUAGAGAUUUCAGACCUCAUUCGGUCAAAGAGUGUUCAACCUAAAGAUGCGAUGAGGUCUCUGAAACGACGAUUGGAAAAUAAAAACCCGAAUGUGCAGUUAGCGACAUUGAAGUUGACAGAUACAUGCGUUAAGAAUGGCGGAACACAUUUCCUCGCCGAAAUCGCUUCUCGCGAGUUCAUGGACAACCUCGUCUCCCUUCUGAAAGCGGAAGGUUCUCCGCUUAACACAGAGGUGAAAGAGAAAAUAUUGGAAUUGAUCCAGGACUGGGCGAUGGCAGCCCAGGGCCGUAUGGACCUGAGUUAUGUAGGGGAAACAUAUCGCAAGUUACAAGGUGAAGGUUUCCGAUUUCCGCCAAAGACCCAAAUCAGCGGGAGUAUGCUCGAGAGUAGCGCGCCCCCGGAAUGGAUCGACUCAGACGUCUGUAUGCGCUGCCGUACGCCGUUCAGUUUUAUGAAUCGCAAACACCACUGCCGGAAUUGUGGUAACGUCUUCGACGCUCAAUGUUCUAGCAAGAACCUUCCUCUACCUCACUUGGGGAUAUUACAGCCUGUCCGUGUUGACGAUGGGUGCUACGCAAAACUAACUUCGAAACCAUUCACACCCUCUGGAUUGUCGGAUCGAUCCGCCUUCAAGAAUAACUCUAUCACAAAGUCUAGCGUGAUGGAACCGCGUACGGCGCGGGCAGAGGGCGGUUUUGAUGAUGACCUACGACGGGCUUUGCAGAUGAGCUUAGAGGAGGCGCAGGGUAGAGGAUCUACUGGUUACGUUCCACAGCCGAAGGUUGCCCAAGAGCCGCCUCAGGCAUCUAGUCAAUCCAGAACCGAAGAGGAGGAGGAUGCAGACCUAAAGGCCGCUAUUGAGGCAUCCCUGCGCGACAUGGAACAACAUAAGCAAAAACACGCAGCCGCUCUGAAAAACACCCCUAUUAAUGAACCUUCUACAUCUCGAGAUACACCUGGCGUGACAUCGUUACCCAAGAAUCCUUAUGAACUGAGCCCUGUGGAGGUGGAGAAUAUCCACCUCUUUGCCACUCUUGUUGACCGAUUACAACACCAGCCACCGGGUACUAUUCUACGUGAGCCUCAGAUUCAGGAGUUAUAUGAGAGCAUCGGCACCCUUCGACCUAAAUUGGCUCGGAGCUAUGGUGAAACGAUGAGCAAACAUGAUACACUACUUGAUCUACAUGCUAAACUAUCAACGGUUGUCCGGUAUUACGAUCGCAUGCUGGAGGAGCGCCUCUCGAGUGCAUAUUCGCAGCAGUCACUAGGAUAUGGAACCGUUCCUAGCGGCCCACGAUAUCCUAAUGUGUACCCCUCGAUGCCGCCACUUGCUCCCGAAGGGAAGAGUGGAGUUGAGAACUUCUACUAUGGGAAUCCAGGCGUGGAAAAGCCGACAAUUUCUAGUACACCAUAUACCCAGCAGCAACCAGAGGGGGAAGGACUCGACAGGGCUGGAAUGCGCAGCGGCGCCAUGAGCCCCGGCAUGUACUCACAGCCCCCUCCAGCUAUGCCGCAAAGUACACCAUGGUAUGGAAACACGCAGGCUGCGUCUCCAAAGAUCUCAGCCGCCAAUACACCUUACCCUCAGAGCCCCUCUGCGUACCCUGCCCCAGGCGCACCGACACAUUUCUAUACAGCCCCCAAUCAGCCAGACCAAGAUGUGAACCCUUAUCAAUCUCCCCGACAAAGCGAGGUGGACGCCUCUUAUUUGCCGUCGCCUGUGACACGGCGCGAUUCCUUGUACCAACCAACUACACACCCCAACGUUCCAGCACCGAGCGUACCAGAGCAGCCACCAUCGGCUGAGCAAAUGGCGUACCUACAGCUGUCAGAGUCUCACCCUAUGCAACCUGGAAGCCAGCCUGCACUUAACCGCCAGCCCACCGACCCUGCAACCCAGUCUUAUUACUACCAACAACCUCCCCCAGCGCACCCAGGCGCUGCGUACCCCCAGGCGCAACCGGCGUAUCAUGGUGCGUAUCCUGUCAACGAUGCCUCUCCGGUAGGCGGAACUGCCCCUCCAACACAUUAUCAACAGCAGCAACAGCAACCACAACAACAGCAACAACAACAACCACCACCACCAUCGCGACCCGCAGUUGAAGAGAGCUUGAUUGAGUUGUAAGACAUGGCGAGUUUCUGGCUUCUGUGUGACGAGAAAUGGACUUUUAUAUCUAAUUUGCUAUAAAUGAACUUCCCUUUUGUGAUCGUUAUGAUACCAGUUGUUUUGGUUGUUAGCAGAUUGCAAAAUUGUAUCCCAACCGUUGAUGAAUUCUUCCAAUUCCCAUUUGAUCAUGAAUUUGUAUAGGCCCCUCAAAGAAAGGCAAUAGCACGCAGAUCAAUGGUGAGUCUGCAUGUAUACUAGUCGAAAAGAGCAU